GAGGAAACUCGCGGGCCGGCAGAGGAGAUGGGCCAUCUUGAAGCCGGUCCAGUACCCGUACAAGAUGGAGAAAUCGGGCCCGUUCAGCUUCGCGACGGAGUCCUGGACGUCGUGGGUGGCGGACAUCAAGGAGCCGAGGUCAGCGUCGGUGGUGAUGUGCUCGAAGCCGCUGAUGAGCUUGACGUUCAAGGACCUCAUCGCCGCCACGUCACACUUCGGGAAGGACUCGCUCCUCGCGGAAGGGAGGUGCGGGCCCAUGUACCGGGCCGUCCUGCCCGGCGACGUACACGUGGCGAUCAAGGUCCUCGGGGCCGCUUCGACCCUCGUCUUUUCAUGUAUGGGAGCAGCCUACGGGACGGCGAAGAGCGGCGUGGGAGUGGCGUCGAUGGGGGUGAUGCGGCCGGAGCUGGUUAUGAAGUCGAUUGUUCCAGUUGUUAUGGCUGGAGUGCUCGGUAUCUAUGGUCUGAUUAUUGCUGUAAUCAUCAGCACCGGGAUCAACCCUAAGGCCAAAUCGUACUACCUCUUCGACGGCUACGCACAUCUUUCGUCUGGAUUGGCCUGUGGUCUGGCCGGACUCUCUGCUGGCAUGGCCAUCGGCAUCGUUGGGGAUGCCGGCGUCAGGUAUGUUCUUAGCGAUUCUGGUUUCAUAUCAGCAAUCUGAUAUAUAGAUUUCAUGUGAGGUUAUUGUAAGUGAAAGGAAUUUUGGCCAUGUCAAG